GGUGAACGCGAAUCAAAACCCAAAACCCUGAAACGGUUCGCAUAACAUUGCAAAUUCUCAAAACCCUAAACCCCCAAAUUCAUCUCAAUCUCUCAAAUCUUACUCUUCAAUGUCAACAUUAACGCUCAAAAUCGCAACAAAUGUGUUCCACAGACACCAAAACAACCUCUCAUUCUUCUCCAAUAGCACCACUACAAUGAGAAAUUUCCCCAUUUCUCAGAAGAGCAGGUCACGUUUGAUACCAACAGUUUCAAUGUCAGCAGCCACAAAUGUUCAAACUUUUCUUGAAAAGUCUGCACCUUCAGCUCAAAACACUGCACUUCCAAUAAUGGUUAAUGCAUGUACUGGAAAAAUGGGAAAGGCUGUCAUUAAUGCAGCAGAAGCUGCUGGACUGAAUGUUGUUCCUGUGUCGUUUGGGUGUGAAGAAGAGUCCGGGCAGACUUUUGAGGUCUGUGGAAGGGAAUUCCUCGUGCAUGGUCCAUCUGACAGAGAGAGUUUUCUUGAAUCCGUCCUUGAUAAAUAUCCAAAUUUGAUUAUUGUGGACUACACAGUACCAGAUGCAGUUAAUGGCAAUGGUGAGUUAUACAGUAAGGUCGGGGUUCCCUUUGUGAUGGGGACAACCGGUGGAGAUAGGGACUUGUUGUAUAAGACUGUUCAAGACUCGAAGAAUUAUGCUGUGAUUUCCCCGCAAAUGGGAAAGCAGGUUGUUGCUUUUCUUGCAGCUAUGGAAAUUAUGGCAGAGCAAUUUCCUGGAGCCUUCUCUGGGUAUUCCUUACAGGUAUUAGAGUCUCAUCAAGCAAGCAAAGUUGAUGCAUCUGGAACUGCCAAGGCUGUGAUAUCUUGCUUCAAUAAACUUGGGGCUUCUUUCGAUAUGGACCAGAUACAAUUGAUCAGAGACCCCAGACAACAAGUCGAAAUGGUGGGAGUCCCAGAGGAGCAUUUGGCGGGUCACGCAUUUCAUAUGUAUCAUUUGACAUCACCAGAUGAAACAGUUUCGUUUGAAUUUCAACAUAAUGUGUGUGGUAGAUCAAUAUACGCUGAGGGUACUGUUGACGCUGUACUAUUUCUUGCUAAGAAGAUUGAAGCAAAGGAUCCCAAGAGAAUAUACAAUAUGAUUGAUGUCUUGCGAGAGGGAAGUAUGAGAUAAACAUUUCUAUAUGGAAUUUGAUGCAAGAUGUCACCUGUUGAAGUUGCUUAACGAAAUUUGGCUUUCUAAUAAAGCAAUUUUCACCUUCUGUCCAUUUUUCGUGUCUAUUUAUUUGAGGAAAGUUUAGUGACAGGACCAUACUAUGUGCCAUUGUGAGUCAUCCAAAACUGAGUGUUUUUGUAUCAAUUUUAGUUUCCCAUUACUUUUAUGUAUCAGGCAACCUCAAAAACAAUUUUGAUUCAUCUAUCUUUUUCAAUUAUUCACCAAAAAGAGAAUUAAAUCACCCUAGUCAACUUAACUAAUCUAUUGAUGUGUUUGGAUAA